AUGCGUGCGGAUGGCUGGCAAGAGAAGCCUCUGCAAGGUGCUGUCGUGUGCUGCACCUCCAUCUCUCCGGAACUUCGAAGUCGAUAUGCCGAAUAUGUUGUGCAGAUGGGCGCGGAGCACAAGCUCGACCUCACAUCUGAUGUUACUCACCUACUCUACAAAUAUGUUGCGAAGGAGCGCGGGGAUGUCAAAGUCCUCCGACCGGAAUGGGUCGAGGCUGUCCGUCAGCGCUGGAUGCGCGAUGAGUCGAUCAACCUCAACGAGCUCGAUGUACAACACCGCGUCCCAACACUAGCCGGUCUCAAGAUCUGUAUUACUGGUUUCGAUGACCUUACCUUCCGCGCUCAGCUACAAAAAAACGUCGUUGAGAACGGUGGACAAUACACGGGCGAUCUCACCAAGGACGUGACCCAUCUCAUAGCGGCUCGUCCUUCAGGAAAGAAAUUCGAGUAUGGAAUGCAAUGGCAGAAGAAGGUCGUUAGCCUUCGCUGGUACAAAGACACUCUCGAAAGGGGCAUGCAGCUGGAAGAAUCUACCUACCACCCCUCCAUUCCGGAUGAUGAGCAGGGAAUAGGAGCGUGGAACAGAUCGGCUUCCAGAUCAGUCUCGCCUGGUAAAAGGCGUCAACGCGACGACAGCCAGGCUCAAGAACAGCCCAGGAAGCUUCGCCGCACCGCUAGCGCACGUUUCAACAGCCAGAAUGAUACGAUGUGGUCCGAUCUCGUCAGUAAGGACGGGGACGAUGACGAGAAGAUCAACGGCAAGCGUCUGCAAGUCUCGAGAUCAGUGCCCAACCUCCAGCAGCAGAAGUCAGAGGCUGGAGAUGAGCAUCGCGGAGCCAAUCGCCAGCGCGGCAUCUUCUCUGACAGAUGUUUCGUGCUUCAGGGUUUCUCAGCCCAUCAAGAGCCCAUAUUGCAGAAUGUUGUACAGAGCCAUGGCGGUACCGUCGUGACAACACUUGCAAACCUGGCAGCUGCCCAAGCAAUGGAAUCUCAAGGUAGGAUAGUGUUGUUACCACAUCAGACAGCGCUCGAACAACUUCCGCCACUCCUCGAUGCCAUUGAGGUCGCGUCAGAAUUAUGGGUGGAGCAUUGCAUGUUCAGCAAAAGAUUCUACCCGCCCUCAGCCUACCCUCUUGGACAGUUUCUGCCUCGCGUCAGACCCCCGGGGUUUUCGAAUUUAGUCGUCACGUCCACCGGUUUCUCUGGCAUCACGCCUAAUCACAUUGCCAAAAUUGUCUCUCGGCUAGGAGCAAAGUAUGACCAGACUUUCAAGGCAGACGUCAACGUCUUGGUCUGCAGCAGUCAAGGGCGUAGCCGGGAGAAAGUCGAGCUCGCUCGAACGUGGCGAAUACCUGUAGUCACGGAAUCGUGGCUGUGGGCUUGCAUCAAGGAGAAUCGUCAAGCGUCUUUCGAAAAAUAUGCACUGCCGGGGUCUCGCAUACGCCGGAUGCCAGACCCGAAGUCAGCGAGUGGAAAAGAUGAGCUGCGUACUAAGGUCGCCACGAAGCCGGACACAACCCCAGAGCUUGACAGAUCUGCCCCAUGUGAGAAGAAAUCAGGUCCUGUAGCUGCAUCAAAAACCGUUGAGGAGAGCGUAUUACACCUUGGCGCAGACGAUGAAGGAAUGAUCCUUCUCGAAGACGACUCAGUCACGGCAGAUGUCGACGUCGAUGGUCCCGGAGGCGUGCCUAAAGGUGAUAGACAGAACGCGGACUUCGACAUUACCUCAGAAUGCCACGAACGUAAGCGAGCAGCGGCGCAUACAAGGCCUAAGGCAGCCAACGAGCAGGGGAAAGUUCUGCGUGCCAUCUCACCCAACAUUCCAAAGCCUAAGAAGCGCCUGUUCCAGCGGGGUUUUGAUGGAGCUGAUAGCGACACGGAGAACAGGGGCCAGGAAACGGCACUCAAACCGACGGAAACCGGCCCUAAAGCUCUCGACAUUGAUGCAGAAACGCUGAAUGGGGAGAUUCGCGAACUACUUGAUCUGAAGUCGAAGUUGAAAGAGAGAAAAUCUGAGACCAUGGGUACCAGCAGCAAGCCUAAGAAGCAGCUGAUGGGACGGGCGCUUAGCAAUCUCUCGAAUACCUCGUCGGCCUCGCAUGUACGACAGACACGAGCGGGAUCAGUGGACAGCAUCAACACUGAUGGUGUUGGCCACGAGAUAGUGCCAUCUGCGCCUAUCGCGUCCAAUGAGCUCGGGACGAAGACAGAUGACCAUCCGAAAAAACCCCUCGAUGAGCAUGCUGGAGGCAUCCGUUGCGCUGGUGACGAACAUGCACACUACGUCGAAGCAGAGGAGCCAGCCUUGACGCAGUUGGUCUAUGAAGAUCCCGAAGAGGUCCGGCAUUCACGGCAGAAACUGGCUGCCAAGCGGAGGCAACGCUCACGAUUGACUGACAAGGAGAGCUCGCCCCCACCGAACAAGACUCGGGCCACCCCUGCGAAGCGCAUUCAGGACGACGACGUCCUGACAGAAGCAGGCUGGGGAGCGGGAAGGAGAACAAGGAAGAAGCCCAGUCCCAAAUGUGGGCUCAAGGAGUUCUGA